AGGCCGCAUGGUGGCCUCCCGGGGUGACGGGUCGUGUCGGAGGUGGUUCGGUUUCAUCUCGCGGCGCGGCGCGGCGUUGCGGUCGACGCGGCAGGACGCCGACUUCUCGAAGGCUCCAUCGUUCGACAUCGCGUUGAGGAUUCUACUUUGUGCUGCGUCUUCAUGGUGUUAUUGAGAUACGAAGACUGCUAAUUGACGUAAUUAAGGACGUGGCGAAGGGGGCGGAGGGGGCGAUGGAGGCGGAGGGGGACGACGCGCAGCUGCCCAUGGCGCCGUGGGCGUACGCCGCCGCCGCCGCCGUCCUCGCCCUCAUCGGCUUCUUCGGCUUCUCGUUAAACCUCAUCGUCAUCCUGCUCUUCGUCCGCGAGAAGCAACUCCGCACGCCCAUGAACAUGGUGCUGCUGAACCUGGCGGUGAGUGACCUGUGCGUGGCGACCGUCGGCAACCCUUUGACGAUGACCGCUGCCGUGGUGCGACGGUGGCCCUUCGGGCCCAAGCUCUGCGUCGCCUAUGCCUUCUUCAUGUCCUUCUUCGGAAUGGCGUCGAUCGGCGCGCUGGCGCUGCUUGCGCUGGAGCGCUUCCUGCUGGUGGCGCACUCGCUGCGCCGCGCCGCGCCCUCGCUGCGCCACGCGCUGUGCGCCGUGGGCGGCGUGUGGGUGUACGCGCUGGCGCUCUCCGCGCCGCCGCUCGCCGGCUGGGGCGCCUUCGGGCCAGAGGCCGCCAACAUAAGCUGCUCCGUGAACUGGGAGAAGCCCGACCUCAACUCCACCACGUACAUCGCCUUCCUGUUCGCGCUGGGGCUGGCGCUGCCCGUGGGCAUCAUCUGCGGCUGCUACGUGGGCAUCGUGCGCAUCAUGCGCAAGAGCGCGGUGCGCGCGGGCCGGUCGCUGCCGCGCGCCGAGCGCCGCCUGACGCUGCUGGUGCUGGUGAUGGCGGCGGCGUUCCUGGCCGCUUGGACGCCCUACGCCGCGCUGGCGCUCGCCUCCGCCGCCGCCCGCCGCCCCGUCGCCUCGCCCGCCGUCGCCGUGCUGCCCGCGCUGCUCGCCAAGAGCUCCGUCUGCUACAACCCCGUCAUCUACGUGGGGCUCAACUCGCAG